CCUGCUCCGCCUCAAACACUCCACCUCUGCACAGCGCAACAGCAGCAGCAGCAGCAGCUCCAAGAGCCGAAACCAGCCUGCAGCAGCUCACGUUCUCCCGGGUCAUUAACCUGUCGCUUGUGGGAUACCUGAAGACAAGCGGAUAUCGGAACUAGAAGAGCAUCAGCUGUGUUAUUUUGGAAGGGGGUCUGUUUUUUUUUAAGGGGGGAAAGCGUUUGUGUUGCCAGGGAAGAGAAAGUCCAAGCAGCCAUGACGGUUCAUCCGGUAUCUGCCACACUCAACCGCCGCUUCUGACCAAAUCUGAUUUAGCAAACCAAAGAUGUCAGCGUGCAGCGACUUUGCAGAACACGUGUGGAAACCCGGCUCUUGCAAGAACUGCUUCCACCCGCUUAGUGCACACCACAAGACUGUCGGCGGCCUGGAUGGCAGUGGGCCAGCCGCUUGUUUGAAGAGCAUCCUGGGAGGCGAUGAAGAAUCUGGAUUAACAUCGCCUUCACCCUACAGCAAGCCAACCAUCGCUGUCAAACCCACUAUGAUGAGCCUUGACACCAACGAGUCGAUGACUGACGUCAACAUGAACAUAGAGCAGGAGAACACAAAGAGCCCAGUUGAGCGUAUGGGCUUGAAGAAACUCUUGGACCUGUCGUCUCUUUACAUUGAUAGUAACGGCUGCAACAAGGCCCACAGAGAGGCCGUUCUUCAAAGUCCUGAAACCAAGAUGGACUACAACAACUGCUUCUCCCUGGCUUCCUUAUCCCCAAACAUCCUGCCUAAAGACUCCAUGAUCAUUAGCAAUAUCUUCGUCACCCAGGAGGAGGGUAGAAGUUCUCAGAGUUUAAAGAUGAACGCCAAUGGAGACAUCUGUAGGGAGCAGAAUACAACCACCACAAAAACCAAGAGCACUUAUAAUGGAAUUAGUGUGACUGCCAGGGCAAAUUGUCAGGAGUCCCAUCUGGCUCCUGUGGAGAUACCUUUUUCUGUGGAUAUCGUCACUUCCAGUCCUACUGCAGUUCAUAGCAAUGGUAUCAGCUGUUGGAGUACUGCUGCUGUUACAACUAAGACAUCCAGCACUUCUACUACUUUCCCCACCACAGCCUUGAGUGUGGACACCAUUAGCUACAACCCUCCGCCAUCCCUCCGCUCUCCUCCCGUCCUAUCUGAGCAGACCAGACUAUCGGACUCCUCUUGUUCUUACCGAAGUAGUACAGAUUCACUUCCUGGGGCAGAGGGGUCCGGAGUAAGACAAGUUAAGUCAGGGAGCCCCCAAAGUCCAACGGCCAUGGGUGGCUUACAGUCAGCUCCCAGCUCUCCUAAUGAAGACUCAGAACCCAUUUAUGCACAGAGCACCAAGAAAAAGCGCAGGCCACAAGGAAAUGGGGUGCAAUCCCAUCUUGUGUCCCCAAACCAGACUAAGAACUCAUUCAAGGGCUCUGAGCUGUCAGGAGAGAGUCAACGGGCCACCAUCACAGUAAUGGCCGCUCACACAGAGGAGAACAGGACUUUCUACCUGAGCAGCCCAGAUUCAGCCAUCAGCACCCAAUGCCACUUCAGCCCCACAGCACGUAAAGACCCCAGCAGCCCGGCUUUCCACUGGCCCAGUCCCAGCCACAGCGCAUCCUCUUUGGUCCCAGAAGCCAGCCUUACACCAACUCUCCACCCCAAGCCUCAGUCCAGCCCACCCAUUCCCCCGAAAAGGAGCACCCGUUCCCCGAAACUGGGCGCCUCCAGCCUCUCACCGUCCUUCUCUUCUCCAGUCCCUCUUCCUGAUCUCCCCAGACUGGGCAACUCUAGCCUCUCACCGUCCUUCUCUUCUCCAGUCCCUCUUCCUGAUCUCCCCAGACUGGGAAACUCUAGCCUCUCACCGUCCUUCUCUUCUCCAGUCCCUCUUCCUGAUCUCCCCAGACUGGGAAACUCUAGCCUCUCACCGUCCAUCUCUUCUCCCGUCCCGCUACCUGAACUCCCCAUGCUUUUCCUCGUCUCUGCUAGAGAGGGCCACUUCAAGGUCCAUACAGAGAACCACAGUGCAGUAGUGUCUGAACGCUGGCACAAGCCCCACCACCACAAUUCUGGCUGGAACUGUCGCAUAGAGGAAGAAGAGGAGGAGGAUGAGAGAGAGCCGAAAGAGGGACAGAAGAAGAAGUUGGCUGCCAACCCGGGGACAACCUCUAGGGUGACAGGCUUGGUAAAUGGUGGUGCUGUCUGGAAGGAGGCCAUGGACUCGAAGGCCCACAGCAGCCCCCCUCCGAUGACAGAGCCAGGCACGGCCCCCCCAACUGCGCCCAACAAUGGUGCCUGUCAGGGGGAGACUGAGGGCACCGGUGCAGAGGAAGAGGGCAAGCAUAACGGGAGCAUGCCGUCCAAGCAACCGUUGCAUGGAGGCUCAUCAGAGCUGCUGGCAGCAGGAAAGGGAGCUGCCAACAAUGAGCCCAAUCCACCGCCUCCCCCACCCAAGAAACUGCACAGAGUGUGUGGUAAGAUGAGUGGCAGCAACAUGGAGCUGGAUCGCUGCAGCCAACACGGGUCAGCAGACAGCCCUACUUCAUCUCUUCGGGGCUUGGGCUCCAGCCUAUCCACUGCUUCCACUGACAACCUGACUGGGGACACUGGUUAUCGGGAUGCUACACGGAUGUCUUGUUCUUCUCCAUUUUCCAGAAGUCCAGUGGCCUCAGCUCCAGGAUCUCCACACCCGCCCUCCUUUACCACCUUAAGUAACCAGCCACCUCCACUCCCGGAGAAAAAAAUGGUCAACCGCACCGUGUCAGCUCCCGAUAGCGCCAACGGAAGACCCUUUGUCCGAGCCUACCCACGACUCCCGUUCACUGGCUCGGAGAGCAACGUGUGUCGACCUGCUGAUGUCAGCUCCCGCUCCAGUUUACCGUCCAGCCCUGUUGACCCACGCCCCAUGUUCUCUUCCAACGAGUGUCUGGAGCAUUGCCAUGCCCCGCUAAGCCGACCCUCGAAGUCCCGGACACUGGAUGAGCCGCUGAAGACUCACGGGCGUCUGGGUGUCCACUGCCGAAGCAGCGUCACCUGCUCCUCUUCCCCGCAACUCAGCGUGCCCUUCUCGUCCUCAGAACCGGGUUCUACACCAAAUUUGGGCUCUAGCCUGCAGCUCCAGACCCUUCUGAGUAACAUAGACAGUAGGGAAGGAGUGUACUCCAAACUGGGAGGCCUGUACGCUGAGUCUCUGCGCCGCUUGGCUCUAAAAUGUGAGGAUCACUUCACGCGCUCCCAGAGGAACCCACUUAGGUUUGAGGAGAGCAACUGGUCUCUGUUCAGGCUCACCUCCAACAAGCCAAGCUGCAACUCAGGAGAUGCUGUGUACUACUCUGCUGCCUGCGCCUCAGACCCCAGCAACUCCUACGCUGUAAAGAUCUCCAAGAGUCCAUCCAUGGAGGCCAAACAGGGCCAUCUCUACGGUCUUUCAGUGCAGCAGAGCAUGCCUCCCCACUUCAACGUCCAGCAGGACUGCGGACACUUUCUCGCUUGCGUCCCCCGGAGCAUGCUGCCUUCUGACGAAGUCUCUCUGCCCAAUACCCCUGCAUCAUCGCUGCCUCAACCCUCCAUGUCUGCGCCCGUUCAACAGGUAGAACGAGAGCGAGUGGUGGUUAUCACCUCUGAGAUCCCUCGGCAGACGGCAGCUGACUUUGUAAGGGAGUGGGCUGCAUUCCAUAAAACUCAGCCAGAAGUCUACGAGCGCCGUGUAUGUUUCCUCCUCCUGCAGCUCUGCCACGGCCUGGAGCACUUGAAGGAGCACGGGGUCACGCAUCGCGACAUCUGCCUCGAAAACCUGCUGUUGGUGCCUCACCUACGCAGGCCCUCCAAGUUCCCCCAACAAACCACCACGGACAAUGGCACCAGUAACAGUUCAAGUGGUGUAGACAGUCAGCGACACCUUCCCCGGCUCCUCAUCAGCAACUUUGCUAAGGCCAAGCGUCGCUCCCCCGAAGACGCUGCCUCAACCAGUGUGGACCCUCGCAUCAAACGUGACCAUGCCAGAUUGGCGCCCGAGAUCCUCUCAGCAGCCCAGUACCGUAAAUUUGACGAGUUCCAGACAGGCAUCUUGAUCUACGAGCUCCUCCACCAAGCCAACCCAUUUGAAGUGAGUCCAGCUCUGAAGGAACAGGAUUACCGCUGUGAAGAGUUGCCACCGAUCCCUUCCGUCUCCCUGUACUCUGCCGGCCUCCAGAGGCUGGCCCAGCUCCUGCUUCAACCUGACCCCAUCAAACGCAUUCAUAUCCAGGAGGCCAAGCGCAUACUGCAGAGCCUGCUCUGGGGCCCCAGGCAGGACCUGAUGGAGCAGCAGCGGGAGAGGCAUGCACAGGGGGUCGGCUUUGUUGACGGAGCCCGGCACGAGGGCCUCCUGAACUGGCUGGAUGUGAAAAGGGCCCUGCUGAUGAUGAAGUUCGCAGAGCGUUCACUGGAACCCGAGAGGAACGCGGAGCUGGAGGACUGGUUGUGCUGUCAGUACUUUUCCUCGGCUCACCCUCUGUCUCUCUGCCAUACUGCUGAGCUGCUCUACUCGCUAAAGUGACGGCUUCCUUUCGGGUUAAACAUGUGUGUGAGUGGAGCUGAAGUUAUGUGUGAAUGAGUGAACGAGAGCGACCAAUCAUUUCAGUUAAGUUAUGUGUCUAGACGCUAUGAAUGGGAGAUACUGUGAACCUAAACCCACCUGUUUGCGCUACUGCUGCUUGCAUGAGAGCCGUGCACCAACCUAACCGUCCACUCUACCUUUUACACAAACAGCAUCGUGCUACAGACUGUCGACUUAGCAAAUAAGUGACCUGUGAACAUUCAGCUGUUUUUAAAAUGUUCUUGCGACAGUCACAGCUAUAUGGACAAACUAAUGAAAAGAUUAACUUAGCGACUGGAAACGCUUUGUGCCAGUGAUGCAUCCAUCUGUAAAAAAGGAAGCAUAUGAAGAGUAUUCGUAACCCUAUAAUACACUUACCAAAGUUCCGUGUAUGACACUCUAUUGUGUGUAUUUAUUAAAUAUCAAUUAUGACAUUUUACCCACUGAGAGCCGGCUAAUAAUUCAUAACCGUAUUCUGUUAGCUUUGAACAUAAUGCUGCGUCGUAUCUACGUAACUGUGCAGCUAACUUUGAGUUUUAAUAGAAAUAUGAGGUUACUAGCAGACUUACACUGUUGCACCUUUUCCGUCAUGUUUAUUCAUGUAUUCACACACAGUCCUUGUUUGACAGCAUUGCAUAAUAAAGACUUAGUAUGAAUUUAUCAUAAGCCGUACUGUCUAACAACUCAAUAUUAAUUGGAUCGACAAAACAAGUGGCAACGUUAGAAAUAGCUUCUACUGAAUGGAUGCCCGGUUUUUCCCUACGCUUUUAGUAUAUAUUUAAAUGUUUUUACAUUUGUAACAGUGCCUUUUGUUCUUUGUAUGUUACAGUGACACAGAAGUCAAAUGUAAAUAUUACUGAUCAUUCGUCCUUUGUGAAACUGGCCUUUCACCGAAUGUUCUAGAAACACCUUUGUACAGUAAUUUUAUAUGAUAUUAGGAGAAAAAUGAGCCCGAGCUGGUCUUAAUAUGAGCAGGAGUUACAAAAUAUUUAUGAUACAAUUUGCUAUCCUGUAGUAGUCACUGGAAUUUCUCUGUUUAUUUUAAUAUGUGGAUUAUCAAGGCUUGUUUGUUUUUUUUGCCUCUUGUAAACUUCAAGUUCAUGAGUAUUUUAUCUCCAACAAAAGAAUUCUUAAUAAAGUCAAGAAUUUAACAGCCUGCACCAGGUUUUCGUCCAUGACUGACUGAUGUUUCUAAUGUUGCAGAGAAGAAAAGCAUGGCCAGAUCUCACCACUAUACAUUGUUGAUUUUUAUUUGUUGUGUGUGCCUCACCUAUUUGCAACUCUCAAUAAACUGUGCAUAUAUUUUCUCACAGUA